UUUAAUGCUCUUCAUUGCAGGUGAGCGGCGGGACGGCGGCAGACAGGUGUCCGCUUCAUGGCAGCUGUUACUGUGUCGGAGCUGCGGCUAAUUGUUAGCUCGUCUGUUCACAGUCAAUGGAGCUCCGUUUUUACCGGAGGAGCUAACGUUAAAUGAACGACGCAGAGCUCUCGGCCGCCUCCUCUCCCCUGCAGGUGUAGUUUAAUGUCUGCUCUCCCCUGCAGAUGAAGACUCCUCCGGACAGAUCGGGGAUCACCUUCGAGGUCGGAGCUCAGCUGCAGGCCCGAGACCGCCACAAGAACUGGUACCCAGCCACCAUCGAGAAAAUCGACUAUGACAAAGAGCGAGUGCUGAUCCACUACCGGCAGUGGAGCCGUCGUCAUGACGAAUGGUUCCAGUGGAACUCGCAGUACCUGCGUCCGCUGGAGCGCGUCAGUCUGAGGAGGCAGGGCCUGAAUCAACCACGUGCACCACCGUUGUUUGUUUCAGGUACGAAGGUUCUGGCCUGUUGGACAGACUGUCGUUUCUACCCGGCCAAGAUCCUCAGAGUCAACAAGGACGAAUCCUACACAGUGCGUUUCUACGACGGCGUUGUUCGGACUGUGAAGCCCACGAAGGUCAAACCCUUCCAGAAAAAGUCCAGAUCUGAGAAGAGCGCAGUGGGAAGCGAGGGAUGGGAGGAAGGAGAGAGUGAGGAGGAGGAGGAAGGAGGAGAAAGAGGAGAGGAGGAGGAGGAGGAGGAGGAGGAGAAGAAGAAGAAGGAGGAAGAAGAAGAAGAGGAGGAGAAGGUGACAUCAGAGGACAAGGAAGGAGCUGCUGAGGGGGAGGAGGGGGAGAGGAAGAGGAAGGCAGAACCUUCAUCCUCCCAUCCACCAGCCAAGAAGAAAACAGAUGACAGUAGAAACAGUGGAACUCAGAAUCAGCCAAUCACAGCUGACUCGUCCCAGCCGGCUCUCCCAAACCCCGCCCACGUGGACAGAGAUGUCCUGUUGGAGCGUCAGGCCCACCUGCCCACCACACACAAAUUCAGCAGAGAACCAUUGUACAGGGUGAUAAAGAACCAGCCUCCUCCCAUCCUCUCCAUUGAGUUGGACCACAACCCGUUCAAGUGUCCGGCGGCGGGCUGCACCAAAUCGUUCAGGAAGGCGAGUCUGCUGCACUACCACAUCAAGUACUACCACUCGGACCAGCAGCUGGACGAGCGAGGCGGCGAGCACGAGACACCGAGGAGGAAGCGGCCGUUGUCUGAGGGAAGCGACUUCCUGUCAGACAUGAAGAGUGACAAUCAGAGUAGCACCUGUCACCGUGACGACAGAGAGCACAGCGCCAUGGCAACAGAGGUGAAGAAGGACGGAGGGAGAGAGAAAACAGAAGGACAGGACAGGAAGGAGAGGAAAAACUUCCUGAGAGUCAAACUAAAGAAGAAGAAAAAGAAGAAGAAGAAGAGUCAGUCAGGACUCGGCAGCAGCGACGAUGAGAACUCAGACCAACCUGCGAUCACUGUGAAGCUGACCGGACACCACGGCACACACACACAAGCUGAUGACGGCAGCGAUUGGUCGACACUAACGGCAGAGAGCGGCGAGGAUACGUCCUCUUGGCCCGUCGCUACGGAGACAGAGGAGUGUGAGGUGGUGAGGUGUGUGUGCGAGGUGGACGAGGAGAACGACUUCAUGAUCCAGUGUGAGUCGUGUCUGUGUUGGCAGCACGGCACCUGUAUGGGUUUAUAUGAAGACAACAUCCCACACAACUACAUCUGCUACUACUGCAGACACACCGCAGGUUGGAGGCGGGCUCAGCGUUACCUGUCGGAGCCUGAUUUGCUGAUAUCGGGUCACAUGUUUGGUCUUUCGUGCGUGAAGGAGAACUACUCUGAGAUCAACGCCGCCAAGAUCUCCCACACCACCACCCUCCUGGCACACACGCACGGUCUCAAUCAGGUCCUCAGCGGGCUGCAGCUCAAAAUCAGCCUGUUACACUCCCCUUCGCACCCCGACCUGCAGCUGUGGCGGUUGCCUUGGAGACGAGAGGAGGAGGGGCAGAAACCGACAGCCGGUCCGAGAGGUGAGACCCCCAUCUGUUACGUCAGCAGCGAGCACUGCUACCAGAAGCCCGGAGCAUCAUGGGAAAAAGCAGAGCAGACGGCCGGACUGAAGCAGGAGCAGGACGCCGAGCAGACGGAAAUAAAGCUGGAAGUCGUCGACGACAAACCGAUCGACACCUCUGACGAUAAAAACACAAACACACACGCAGAAACGUACGGUGACAUCAGCGUAAAAAGAGAGAAACACACAGGCAGCGACGAACACACACACGCACACGCUCACACACAAACACAAACACCGGAGCCGCGGCCGGCGUCGAUGGCGGUGGCCGAGUGUCAGCUGAACCUGCUGGAGCACGUCGAGUCUGUUCACCACCAGAUCAGCGCCAGGAUGGACCUGAUAGAGCGAGAGCUGGACGUGUUGGAGUCCUGGUUGGACCACUCGGGCGAGCUGGAGCCUCCCGACCCUUUGUCCCGCCUCCCGCAGCUCAAACAACGAAUCAGGAGGCUGCUUCGUGACCUGUGCACUGUGAGGCACCUGUCGGUCUGCCGCUGACACACCGUCCACUCUGCCCACUCUGACCCCCCCUCACCUUUGACCCCCGGCAAGGCUCUGCGAGCCAAUAGGAGCAGAUGAAGUUAACACAUGAACGGGGGUUGGUCUCCCCACAGAGGACAGCGCCCCCCUCUGGUGGAGAAAAGGUGCACUGCAACACAACGGAGAAGUGUGACUGAACUCUUCCAGCAGUGUCCGACCACAUGGUGACGACAGAUCUGAUUAUUGAUUGAUUGAUUUGGAUUCCGUUAAGUUUUUCUUCUAUCAAUAACAAGACCAGCUCUUGUCUGUUUGGGGCUCGUUAACGUUAAUAACUGAACUGAACAUUGAUUAUGUUGUCUUAACAGCAGACAAAAGUUACAGCUGAGUCUACUUUUACCUUCACACACAACAUUUUUGUAGCAGCUUUCAAACUGACGCAUUAAAUCAGACAAAUGUCCUUCUGCAGUGUGACACCAGCAACAGAAACUACGUACAAACUCACCUGAAGGAUGAAGAGUGAUUUUUGAAGAUGUGAGGAUUUAGUUGAAAGAUUUCCACAGUGAUGCUUUUAUAAGAUAUUUCUCAAAACAAAUAUUUGUUGUAUUAAUUUUAUUGAAAUUACAACUAACUGCUCUAAUAUAUAUAUAUUUUUUUUUAGUAAAAAUAAAUAAAUAAAAAUCAACACAUCCUUGCAGGACACAGUGAGGCAGGAAAACUUUAAAGAAUGUCUUUAAAGGUGAUUUUCUGUUUUUCUUCAUGUUUUGGAUCCAAACCAACAAUGAACUGAUCCACUAACAAGUAUCGUGUGUGU